AUCUUAUAUCCCAAAUAUUUGUGAGAAACAAUUGCACUUUGCCCCGACAGUGUAUUUUUGUUAAUCUCCCAUAGAAACAAGCAUGAAAAUAACCGUUGCGACCUUCAGUGAGGGAAAUUGUAUCACUGUUGAAAUUAACUAAUCGUUGUUGAAUGUGAGGGCUGUUUGUAUUCUGUUAUCUGUCGUUAUCUUAGUUGCGUGACACAGCAUAGAAGAAUUAGCACGGAUUCGAAAGUAAUUGCAACCAUGAGGACACAGAUAUUUCGUGCAGUUAUUAUGGGUGCCCCUGCAUCUGGGAAGGGUACUAUUUCUUCAAGGAUUGUAAAAUACUUCGAAGUGAAACAUUUGUCAAGUGGGGACAUGUUGCGGACCCACAUUCUGAAUAAUACAGCACUUGGUGUACGAGUUCAGGGGUUCAUCAAUGAAGGUCGUCUUGUACCGGAUGAUGUCAUGAUGAAUCUAGUAAAUGAAGAGCUAAAGAAACUUCCAAAUGACAACUGGCUUUUAGAUGGUUUCCCGAGAACGAGAAACCAAGCAGAGCUGUUACUGAAAAACUACCCUAUCACAUGCGUGCUGAAUCUUAUUGUACCAUUUGAAGUGAUAGUUAAUAGGGUGAAAGGACGAUGGAUUCACCCGUCAAGUGGGCGAGUUUACAACACAGAAUACUCACCUCCAAAAAUUGCGGGAAUUGAUGAUGUAACAGGGGAACCAUUGGUACAGAGAGCUGAUGACAAUCCAGAAACCGUGAAAAAACGUCUACAAAUAUAUGCGUCAACAAUUGAGCCUCUGCUUGAGCUAUAUCAGAAGACUGGUCUCCUUCAGAACUUCCAUGGAGAAACUUCUGAUGAAAUAUGGACUCAAGUUUUUGCAUAUGUGUCAAACUUUAUAAAACCUAAAAUCUAAAUAGGUACUGGAAGGCUGUGUUCCUUCUGAGUAUUUGGGACUAAACACAUCGACGUAACUAAGCUCAAAACUAAGCACAAGCUUUUCAAAAUGUAUGCAGCUUACUCAGGUGAUAAUAUUGUAAUAAAAGUGGACUUUAACCUGUUUGAUAAUUUUUGUUAACUGAUUAUACUGUUAAGUGUGAUUUCUUGUAAAACUUUUAAAGUAUUUAUGUGUUCAUUUUAUGUCAUCAUAUGAGAUAGACAAUAGUUUUUAGAAGUAUAUUUGUUGUUCUUAUGGUUGUGUUUUUUAGCUGAGAAUAGUACAAUAUUAAAAGUUCCUUCAUAUAAACUGCAGUGAUAUUGUAUUAAGAACUAUGUGGAAAUUGAUAUUAUUUUAGCUGAAUAUUUGCUUGUUAAGAAUUAAAUUGUAAUCUAUUGGUAUUGUGCAUGUACUGUGUAAGAACUAAAUGGAACACAUUUUGAUUUUAAUCAAACAUCCUGAAGAAAUUCACGAAAAAUUAUUGUUUAAAUUGGUACGAAGUGUACCUUUACGUAUUAAUUUCUGUGCUCGUAUCUAUAGGAUAAAAUACUUGCCUUGAAGAUUGCUCAUAUUAAAAUUUUUGCACGAGUUUGUAUAUAAGAGGAGAGAAAAUUCGUUUGGUCUAUGAACCAGAAAAAAAUUGAUGAUAUUAGUAUUCACUAAACAAAAAAGGAUGAAUGUUGCAUAGAAUGUAGUUUCUAUAAAUUAUUCAAAAUGUCAGAGGGUAUAUUUUGUUUAUAAAUUAUAGUAUAUUUAGAUAAGUGAAAGGGCAUUUAAAUACAUGGAAAACUAUAAAAAUAAAAAAUUGUCCACUAUAACAUGCAUUUAUAGUGUACCUUCUGUAAGAUGUGAAAUAUGACAAGCAUAAUUCUUUCUUUUAUAGAAAGAACCAAAUGAAAUGAAAAUGCCUCAUUACUUGUUAAGCAAAUUUUAAUGAAUUUGUUUUGUUUUUGUUGUCAAUAAAUUUAAUUUAUAAUAAUAAUAAUAAUCAUCAUCAUCAUCACUAUCAUUCUUUACAGCAGCACCAUUCCUGAUGGAGCCAUGUCAUCAAUGAAUACAGGCCACCAGACUCUCCCGUGCUCUUUGUGCUUGAUCUCCUGCAAGGGAAAUUUUAAUUUGUGAAUAAUAAAAUUCAACAGCUACCUGUUUAUAUCAAAUCCUGCCAACAUGUGUUGGAAUGCUUUUUAUUGUAGAGAACAGAGUAGUUCACUGCUGCUCAUAAGACAUAUGAUGCCAAGUAUGGGAUCAGUUACUAAUAAUGGCACAUGUGGGUGGUGGAGGGGGGAUACUGCUUUUGUACCUCCUCAUAAACAAAUAUUACCUGUUAUUAAUUUUGUUAGAUACUUACAUUUAAUAGUAUUGUUUUAAAUAUUGUUAUAACUGAAAUGUAAAGUUUGGCAUGUUAUCACAAACAGAGAUGCUUGUUAUAGUAGUGUUCAGUUUGAUGACUGCUUUGAUGCAGCUGUCCAUCCUAGUCUAUCCUGUGAAAGUCUAAUCAUCUCCACAUAGCUACUGUAACUUACAUGCAUUUGAAUUUAUUUACUAGAUUCAACCUUGGGCUCACUCUGCAGUUUUUACUCCCCGCAUGUACCGUCAUUAUCAAAUUAACUAUUCCCUCAUGCCUCAGGAUGUGUUCUACCAGUCUAUCCCUAAAUUUAAUGAAGUUGUGCAAAAUAUUUUUCUCCUCAAUUUGAUUCAGUACCUCUUCAUUGGUUAACAAAUGUACCCAUCUAAUCCUUAGCAUUCUUGUGUAACAUCAUGUUUCAGGAGCUAUUUAUGAUCCACAUGGUAUUUCCAUAUAAUUUUACAGUUCACACAAAUAAUUUCUGAAAAGACUUCCUGCAGUGGAAAGGAAAAUUAAAUGUUAAUUUAAUGAUCUUUCUCAGAAAAGGUGUUCUUGUCACUGCCAGUCCACAUUUCACAUUAUCUUCACUUCUGCCACUGCCAAUUAUUUUGCUCCCCAAAUAGAAAAACAUAGUGUACAGGUGCUACUGGUAACAUGUCAUUCCCCAGUCCAAGCUGAGAGGGCAUCAGAAGUGCCAAAGUGGAAAAUUGUACUCAGGGUAUAUCAUAAUUAGUAGUGAAAACUGAAAUGGGUAAAAAUAUAUGAUGAUAGAAUCAAAAAGAUUCCAGUCAGUAUGGGUCCACAAACAAGACACUUGUGAGAUAAUUGUGAAUGUGUGUUUACAUGGCACUACUGAACUCAGUAACUAGUAUUAUGCUAGUUAGCAUAAAAGUAUUUCAGAUAUAAAUGUUUUGAUUAAGUCUUCAUCUAACUGGCAUCAAAUGUCAUCCAAGGCUUGCCUUAAAAAGAAAUAAAAUUCUGUUUCAUUAUGUUUUCUCAUUUAGAUACAAUACUGCACUUACCUGCACAGUGAGUUAUGAAGAAGUCUUUCAAACAUCUCAAUU